GUCAAAGCAGCAGCGGGGUGAAGGGGGAACGGUUCCUGGUUCUUCUUCCCACUUGUCCUGCCUGCCUGCCUUCGGAAGCUGGAAGCCGAGCGGGGCAGAGACUGCUCAUCUUUCCCAGCUGGAUCCUGCUCGCUUCCUAGCCCAGGCCCUUGAAGGGAGAUGACGAACAUUGGCAACUUGCCAGACCACGUCAUGCUGGACAUCUUGUCGCUGAUUCCUAUGAACGAGCUGAUUCUCAGCUGCCGGCUGGUCUGCUCCCGGUGGAGAGACCUGGUGGACUUGCCCAUCUUCUGGAGGAGCAAAUACCGCCAUAAAAAUGAGAACUUGAAGAAGACCAAAGAGUUCUAUGUUUUUUCUCACCUGGAGAGGAACUUGAUCAAGAAUCCUUGUGGAGAAGAGGGCUUGGACUUCUGGGAAACCCAAACAUCUCCAAGGGGCCAGUGGAAAACUAAAGAAAUGUCAGAAGCGGAUUCCUCAAAACUCCAGAAGUGGGAUUUCCUUCAGAGGCAUUUCUAUGUGAAAGAUGACGCCAUCCCUUAUCAAGAGGUUAACAAAUGCUUCGCUGCCUACGGUCGGCUCUGCGUCAAGUCUCAGCUCAUCACUUUGAAGGAUGAAGGCUACUGGGACGAGCUGAUGGAUGAGGGCAGGCCCACGAUUGUGGUGAAGGAUUG